AUGGCGUCUCUCCCGUCUCAGCGCCCCGCGUCGCGACAUAGACCCGCACCACCUGCCGAAUCAUCGUCCUCGCAGCAAGAGCAAACGGAGCGAUCGAGCAGCUUCUCUGGUCAGUCGGUAGACUCGCAAACGCUACUACUCAACACGCCAUCUACACAGUCAACCACUUCCGCGCCUCAAGAGCAGGAAGAGACACCCGCGCAGACCACCGCGCCACAACAAGAAGAAGAUGACGAACCACGGAGAUGCUGGAUCUGCUUCAAUGAUGAGACGGAAGAUGAUGAAACAACAUCGGAGUGGCGGUCACCUUGCGCGUGCUCACUGGUGGCGCACGAGAAGUGCCUGUUAGACUGGAUAGCCGACAUGGAAGCGCCGAGCUCUCGACGGCAAGCUGGUAAAUCGGCGGGCAAGAUAUUGUGUCCCCAAUGCAAAAGCGAGAUCAGGGUACAACGGCCGAGAAGCUACGUGGUGGACGUUGUUCGGAGUGUCGAGCGCCUCACUGGUAGCCUGCUGCUUCCUGGCUUCGCACUCGUCACAGGCACUGCGCUCUAUUCGACUUUGACGCUUUCUGGGACUGCGACAAUAUACCAGAUAUUUGGCACACAGGACGCGCUGCAGAUCCUCGGACCACUCUACGAGACGCCAAACCGCGCGGUGAACUCGGUCACAAUGCAGUGGCUCGAACAUCUAAGGCAUCACUGGAGGCUGGAUCUUGGGCUGCCCCUGAUACCGACGGUUCUGGUCGCAAGCCGAACAACCUUCGCCGACUCAUUCCUACCCUUCCUUCCUCUCAUCUUCUUCGUCAGCUCUGGACAGCCAGGCGAUGAUAUGCUACAGCUGCAGUGGCCACCGAGCGCCGCUUUCACCUUCGCCGCGCUGCCAUACCUCCGAGGUUUCUACAACGCAUACUACGAACGAGUCUGGUUACCGCGAGAGCAGCAGUGGUUAAAGGAGAUCCAGCCACGAGCUGGCGAAGACACAACCGCAGAUGUACAAGCACAAGCCCAACACGAUCACGACCACGACCAUUUAGGCGAUGAGGACGUGGUAGAAGAGGUGGAGAUUGAACUCGACUUGGACAUCUUCGCAGAUUGGAACAACGAUGGCGAAGCCGAUCACGACGAUGCGCCUGAGGAUCCGCCUGUACGAGCUGCACGAGGCCCAGCAGGGCCGAUGGACGCGCCUCCACAAGACGACCAAGAUGAUGCCAAUAUGCCGGCUGUUCAGCUUAUCGACGAUGCUCAACUAGACGUAGCACCUGCGCCCAACAUCCCCAUGCAGCCCGCUGCCCCACGACCUCGACGUGUCCGACGCGAACGCGGUGUCACUUUCUCCACCACAUCGCUCGCUGACACCAUCCUCGGUGCCCUUAUCUUCCCCACCAUAGCCGCUGCAAUGGGUGAAUUGCUCAGGCAUACUCUGCCUAGCUCAUGGGUCACACCUCCGACUGGCGCGCCAGCAAUGUCCUGGCUCGGCGGCUGGAUCAACACCGGUGGCAGAGUAGGCGGAGUGGGCAAGCCCACAGGCUUCCUCCAGACGCGUUGGGGUAGGAGUGUGGUUGGUGGAUGUAUGUUUGUGGGAUUGAAGGACAUGAUCAUGUUGUAUGUUAGGUGGAAGACGGCGCAAAAUCACCGGAAGAGAGGCAUUGUGAAUCAUGACAGGAAGAAGGGCAGGGGUGGUGCUGCGGCGGCAUCGUGA